AUGAGCUCGCUGCCACUAACCAGGCCGCAGAGUGGUGCUUUGAGCGCAUCAACAAGUAGACCGGUCAGUUCUAUUGCCAGCCCUAUCCUACGAAAGGUUCCAGAUGGUCUGCAGCCUUUAGAUCUCUCUGGUGGACCCGAAGACAGCUCUGGAAGCCAUAAAAUCUCCGCUUAUGCACGACUUGAUUUUGAUAAUUACACAUUCUUCGUCCAAACUCUACAGGUUGUUUUAGGUAGAAAGGCCAAUGAUGAACUUCUAACGUCAGCUCAUCAUUCAGUCGACGUGCACUUAAGUUCUAGGAAAGCGAUAUCACGACGCCAUGCCAAAAUUUUCUACAAUUUCGGCACUCAGAGAUUCGAGAUUUCCGUAUUGGGCCGCAAUGGUGCUUUUGUAGACGAUCUGUUUAUCGAAAAGGGCAUCACGGUGCAUUUAGUAGACGGAACCAGGAUCCAGAUUGGCGAUAUUCCAUUCACAUUUGUUCUACCAUCUAUUGAACCCACAGAUUCUGAAGACAAACGACCUUCGUCGACAAAAUUUUUCAAUCCUACAGAAGCUCUAAAUCUUCGCACAAAUUUGUACCUGUCCUCCCACCUGCCUCCAUCUAACAAAAAGAAACUGAUUGCAUUUUCUGUCGGCCCGAAAGUUGAAUCAAAGGACAAAUCAAAAAGCUUGACUGGCCGCCGAAGCUCCAAGGCAGAUAUUGUGCGAAGACUCUCAGUCGCACGUCAGAAGUCAUUAGCUUCGUCAUCAAAUGAUGAAAUAUCCGCCCUUCUCAAGGAGUUAGAAGCUUUUCGCGACGAGGACAUAGUAGAAGAUGCAAUUUUUGAUCCAGAUCUUGUUGCUGAUGGGUCAAGAGACCCUCUGACUUCUAGUGACUUAACUUAUCAGCAGAUUCAAAAACAAGAGGACGAGAUAGACCGUUUAGUGAAACAACACAAUCUUACACAAGGAGUUGAUCUAGAUAGCGACUCAAGCUUUUCCAAAAACGCGGACCUCGAUGUUUUGGAUCAAGAAGUUGCAUCGUUGGCACCGUUGAUCGAUGCACAACAAUCGCAGAAUCAGACUUUGAUGCAAAAAGACACAGAUAACAAAUUCCAAACCAUCCCUCCAGUAUACCCUGUUGCAAAAUCAGGUUUUGGGGAAGCUUUACGUUCUGGUCCGCUCAUGGGCAAACCAGUUGGUCCGCGGAUGGGAAAACCCGCGCCAAUACCUCCGCCCGUCUAUGGUAGGCCGGCGAUUACCCAUAUGGGCAGCGCCACUGCUACUGCUCAAAUGUCUAGCUAUGGUCUGCCUGCCCCAUCGUAUGGCUCUUAUGGUGGAUACAAUUCGAUGAUGAGACCGCCCCCACCCAAAUUAGAAGUCGCAGUUGAUACAAUUACUUCAGUUCCCAUAAGGCGCCCCAUCGUUCCAUUCAAAGCUAUCACCAUAGAAGUGAGUGAUUUCGAAAAGGCGCCCAUUUGCGUGUUUAAAACUACAGAUAUAAUAUCCAGCACGCCAAAAAUACCUCGAAGGAGGAAGGAUAGUGUGUAUCGAAGACCAGCCAAGGUACAAAAUUACAAGGAGAUUCCCGAUCAAUUCAAAACAAAACCUGCUUUAUCCGUUCUGGCAAUGGUAUCAGUUGUUUUGAGAAACAAACCAAAUUCUUCGAACGGCCAAAGUUUUAAUGAUAUACUCGAUAACAUCCGCGAACUAUUUCCAUACUACAAGUAUUGUCCCGAUGGCUGGCAGUUCGCAGUGUCUCAUGGAAUUAAGUUUAACCCAAUGUUCGUAUCUCUUCUGAGGAACGGCCCAGACUCUGAGUGGAUCUGGGCUCUCGAUGAGAAGUACAUUGAAGAACGUGAAUCACGUCGUAAAAAGCUGCAAGAAUUGGCAGUGGCAAAGGCUAAAGAGUCUGCUUUGCGCGCUGUUGAGUAUCGUCAAAGGCAAAAUUUUUCACCUUACUCGAGUAUGGGUCGACCGGGAAUUCCUACGGCAGCUAGCCAAAUGUCGCAGACCACAGCGCCUGGUUUCCAAGGUCAGAGACCUGGAGAAUAUGCGCAUGCCUCAGAUACUGGAAAGGGAGGUCUGCAUUCCUACGUUACGUCACCUACGCUGAUGUUGAAGCCAGUUCAAGACAUGGUCUAUCAGAAGCUGGAAAAAUCCGAGGGCAGCAUUAAAGAUCAGCUCGCGGCAAAUCGGGCUCGAGUAUCUCCUGCUGUGCCGGUUGCGCAGGUCUCAAAGGUUACACAUGCUACCCCUGCCAAAGCUACAUUGGGCGCUUCCUUGCCUACGAUGAACCAAGACACCAAAAAGUCAUUGACAUACCUUCAAAAAGAGCUCUUCACACUUUACAAGGCCCGUGAAUUGUCCUACAACACUGCCAUCACAACUGAGAUCAUUACCAAGGCUCUCGCCACUACCAUUGCCCAAGUCAACAUUAUUGGAGCCAAAGCUGGUUGCGGAGAUAAUGCUCUAAGUUUCCUUGUGGACAAGGCACCCCAGCAGGUCAGCAAAAUCCUUGAUAUUGCUCUCACGAAGUCAAUCAAAGAGUACCAGGCCACUGCCCUGACGCAAGCCUCCCGCGCGGCAUCACCUGCAGUCAGCUCGCCGGAUAUAUCCCGAAAUACCAAAGAAGAUGCAAAGAUGAGUUCUGUCCCUAGUUUGGGGAAGCCUCUAGGUGUUGGUGGUGGGCUAGGAAGACCAUCUUUUGGUGGACCCAAGGAUUCUGUUACUCAGAAGAGUGGAGGCAUUAGGCCACCCCAAUUUUAUUCAAACAAACCCUUGGCGCCGGAAAAAAGACUGAGUGAAUCUGAGCAAAGCAACGUGGCGAAGGCAAUAAAGCUCGAGGAUUAA